CUGUCUCCUCGCCUUCCCAUCCACAUAAAAAACACAUACAAAGCACGAGAUUUCCUGAUUUCCUCAGAUGGCUCGACUCUUCCCUCCCGUCACUCGCCCCGUCCAUUCGCGUGUCAAUCACUCACGUCAUUUGACGCAGCAGGGAUCCAUCAAACUGACAACAUGCCCGAAGACGGCCGACCCGACGCCCAGCCCCACAACAACCGCGGCGAAGAGGCCCACAUUGAAUGUCAUACACACGAGCAUCAAAGCGAAGUCAAUGCCUGUCGACAAUACGCUCAACGCGCUGUGUAACAAUGGCAAUACACAGGACACCCAAGAACCAUGGACUUCGCCCGCACUUGCACUUGGGUGUAUUGUGUUUGCCUGACCAUCUGAGUAGCGCGGCGACUUGCCAUGGCACCCGGUGUUCUUGGCUCCUUCGCUGUGCCGCUUCUUCCGUCUGCAGCUCGCCCCCACUACUCCGAGCCUCUGCCUGGUGUCGCUGCAGCUGCUCCCCCACUCUCACCACAGUGUCGGCCGCCCCACUGCCCCCCGUCCGCAGCAGAGGUGACCCAAGAGACUCGGACAAGCCUUCUCUCUUCAUUGAAUGGCUGCUGUCGGCGGAUGUGGCGCGGUCCUCUUCACUGGCUCUGUCUGAGGGAUGCAGACACGUGUGGGGAUACAGGGGGACGGGCGAGGGGGGAUCAGUCAACGCAGACUUGGCCUGCGACACACACAGAUUCGGCAAGGCGGAAGAUUGCUGCAGUCGGUGUGUGGUCUGUGUGUGUACCGGUAGGUCUGCACUUAAAUGGCGUUCGAGGAGAUUCCUGAGGUAUUUCAGAUACAUGCUGCACACACAACAGCACAGGGCAGACACCAUCGGUCACCAAGAGACUGCUGAUUGGCCAUCAAGAGGCCCCUGUGUUGUGUGUUACAGUUUGUGUUACCUGAGAAAGCCAGCAGCUAAGCAGACAAGGCAAGACAGGUAGAAGGCCAGAGGCGACGAAGGCUUCCACCACCUUGACGGACCAACAAACAGAGAGAGCAGACAGUACGUGUGUGCACAGUUUCCCUGUUGUUGCCCUGUAGUUUGUUCGUUUGUUUGUUUGUUUGUUCGCUCACUGAAACAGGAUGAUAUCAGAGCCAAUGCCCGUGUGCAUAUACAUCUUCAUGUCGGACAUCGAGUCCGUGCCAGAGGGAGAAGGCCCGGGACAGCAUGAACAGUUGCUCAUUUUUCCCUCUCAGGUGCAGAAGGGUUGGUCCGUUGCGCAGCUCAAGGCCAUCAACGAGACCGGGGGAAUCGACGAGGAGACUCUCAAGCCCGCCGUGAAGCGUCAGAAAAGGGC